CGUGCGGGUCCGGGGGUGAGUGCGGCGAGAGGCCGGAGCUUCCCGACCCCGCUGGAGCCGAGCAUGUCAGAGGCUGGGGGCGGGAGCCCUCUAACCCUGGCAGACGUGGGUCCUAGGGGUGGCAGGGCCCUGUACCUCCAGCUGACAGGGAGGCCCCGGGGUGGACUCCAGGCUCUUGCGGAAGCGGAGUCACUCUACUGUUCAGAAAGCGAUCAGAGGGUGCAGAAGGCCUCCGGGGGCAUAUGGCAGAGGGGGGCGUGCUACCGGACCCAAGGGUGGCUGUGGGGUCCCCCUGGGUGAGAGUUCUGGCUGUGUUCUCCCCAUAGCUGCCCCGUCUGUCCAGACCAUGGACCCUGAGGUGUCCCUACUGUUGCAAUGUCCCCCGACCGGGCUGCUGGAGAGCCAGGUGCUGGUGGAGCUGAGCCCCGCCCAUGACCGGCGCCCACUGCCAGGAGGGGACGAGGCCAUCGCUGCUGCAUGGGAAAGCCGGCUACAGGCCCAGCCUUGGCUCUUUGAUGCUCCCAAGUUCCGCCUCCACGCAGCUACGCUGGCGACCACUGGCUCGCUGGGGCCACAGCUGCUUCUGCGCCUGGGCCUGACUUCCUACCGAGACUUUCUGGGCACCAACUGGGCCAGCUCAGCUGCCUGGCUGCGACAGCAGGGGGUCACUGACUGGGGCGACAAGCAAGCCUACCUGGCGGACCCGCUGGGGGUGGGCGCGGCUCUGGUCACCGCUGAUGGCUUCCUUGUCCUCCUGCGCCGCUCUCAGCAAGUGGCGGAGGCCCCAGGGCUGGUGGACGUGCCUGGCGGGCACCCUGAGCCUCAGGUGCUGUGCCCAGGUGACAGCCCCCUACACAAGGACUUACCUGGAGAACUAGUGGUACAUGAGCUCUUCUCUAGUGUCCUCCAGGAGAUCUGUGACGAGGUGAACCUGCCGCUGCUCACCCUGAGCCAGCCCCUGCUGCUGGGCAUUGCCUGCAACGAGACCAGUGCUGGCCGUGCGAGUGCUGAGUUCUAUGUCCAGUGCAGCCUCACUUCUGAGCAAGUGAGGAAACACUACAUGAGUGGGGGGCCCGAAGCCCAUGAGUCCACAGGCAUCAUAUUUGUGGAGACAGAGAGGGUGCAGAGGUUGCAAGAGACCGAACUGUGGGCUGAGCUCUGUCCGUCGGCCAAAGGCGCCAUCUUCCUCUACAACCUUGUCCACGCAAGUCCCACCUGAGUCACCUGAGGGUCUCAGCCCUAUCCCCACCUCUCGCAAAGCAAUAAAGGACUUUAUUCUUGCA